AUGUGGGCCCGCGCAGCGGCCAGCCUGUGGCUCGCGUUAAUGGCGAUCGGCGCCGCGACUGGCAGCCAGUUCACCUACGACAAUGGUGGCGAGGACUGGCCAGACACAUUCCCGCACUGCGGUGGCUUCUCCCAAUCCCCCAUCAACAUCGACACCGAGAACGUGGUGCAGAUAUGUGGCGACGAUAACAUGCGAUUCAAUGAUGAUGACGUUGCCACCAUCCGCUUCAGGCGCUGGGGCACCGCAGAGGGCGAGGGUGAAAACAAAGGCCAGAAUUUCGAGGCGGUGUUGAGCGACCCAACCACCAAAAUCAAGAUGCCUUGUGUGGGUGGCCAUGUGUAUGGCAUAGUCCAAGUCGACGACAAGAAAAACGACGAUGAUGUGGACUAUGUGGAUGCCACCCCACUGCAGUUUCAUUUUCAUACACCCAGCGAAAACACCAUUGAUGGCAAGCACUUCCCGCUGGAGGUGCACCUGGUGGCAUCGAUCGAUCCGGACGAUGCAGAUUGUGGCUACGCAGAAGAUGGGUCAAAGAUAUCGUGCCUGGUGGUGUUUGCAACGCUGUUCGACUAUGAUGAGUUCAAGAACGACUUUGUGGCGCACAUCUUUGACGAGGACGUGUCCCUCGGGAUCGAGGGCAUCGACCAGGAGACAUAUGGGAAUUGGGCGGUCACAGAUGUGAAUGGGACGACCAUCCAUGGGGAUGCCGUCAAGAAGCAUCUUGGGACACUUAGCCUGUCAGACAUGGUACCCAACAGCAUGGAUUUCUACUACUGGGAUGGCAGCCUCACCACCCCACCUUGUGACGAGAUCGUCACAUGGAUCGUCUUCCAGGAAAUUCAGGGAGUGACUCCGGACCAGAUCCAGCAGCUCACAACGAACUUUGGCGAGAACAACAGGUACUGCCUGUUCCAGAGCGAGGCUGGCGACGUGUGCCAGUGCGUCGGCAACCUGGCCAACAACAGGCCGACAAGGGACCUUGGGACCCGCAUCGUGUACAGCUCCAUACCGAAGGACUGUGACGACUCGUCGUCAUCCGAUGACAGCGACUACAUGGCCGAAGAGGAGUUCAUUGCAAGGACACGGCUGUGA